AAAAGAGGUACUGCAGCACAGGCAGUAUGAGAAAAAUAAAGAGCUUUUUGAACAUUAAAGCAUGUCACAGCACUAAACCUGGAAAUGUGCAUAAUAGCUCCCUUUAAGGUUAAGAAUACCAUAAACAGUUUGUUCUCUGUACAGUAUGUCAACUAACAGUGUGUGGUGUGUUUACAGAUGUUAACCCUGAGGACUCCUACCUGAUUACUGUGUUCCCCGUCUAUAACCAGCAGUGUGGAUCUCCUCAGUCGCUGCCUGCCAGUCUGCAGCAGGGAGCUCUUGUGGAGGCGGUCCAACUGAAGGUGGUGGGCGUGACCAAGACGACAGUAAAGGUGGAGUGGGUGUGGCAAAGGAAGGCUGGAACAGUCACAGAGAACAGAUACAGAGUGAUGCUGAGGAGAGACUCAGAGAGACAAACUCUGUCUCUGUGGCCGGACCAAUGGCAGCUCACCUUCAUCAACCUGAAACCCGACACUGAGUAUUCUCUUCUCCUAUUGGUUGAUAAUGCAACUAGAAACAUCAUCCCUGUGAAAACAAACGUUGAUGAGGUGCCAGCGGUGGCUACAGCAACGCCUCUGCUGCUGCUGGCUUUUACUGUAUUCAUCAUUUCAAUCCUGUCCAGGACUGUGUACAAGUCGUAUUUCUUUCCGCCCAUCCCCAGCCCUCGGGGCAGUACGACAGGCCAGUGGCUGAUGGACCCUAAUCACCAUAAAACUGCAGAGAGAAACAUCCUUCAUAUUGAGGACUUCCAGGUGAUGGGUGUACAUGGUGAGAAUGGUCUCAUCACGAUUGGACCAAACUUCAAGUCCUCCUAUGAAGAGGACCUAAAUGAAAACAACUCUCCGCUGUCAAUCAGCCAACUCAGCACUAAACCGUCAGCCCUGGAAGUGGACACAGACUAUAUUCCUGAUGUUCCAGUGACAACAGAACACCCACUCAUUCCUCUCCAGUCCUAUGAAGCUGACUAUGGAUUGAACUAUCGAAAAUGUGACAGAGUUUUCACAUCUGAGGAGAGACGAGAGGCCGAUGCUGCUCAACUGAGUCCAAAAAAGGAAGCCAACGUCUGCUUUCCAGGGGUAGAGCACCGACCAGACGACUUUUCUGAGAGAGCCCAUCAGACAGAAGCCGCUCUAAAAUUAAAUGUUCCGGAAUUAAUGGCAAACAGCUGUGUUAAUCAGAUAACAUGCGAGGCAGAUUACAUGGUCAAGUCUUCCUUUCUGGGGAAAACGGAUGUGUGGCCUGAUUAUACAGAAAACUGUUGCUUAAAUUCAAAAACUGCUGAUGAAGACUGAAUAAACAACAUCAGUGCUGCAUGCUGAGUCAAAGGCAAAGAUGACUAGUAAGAGAUGAAGGUUAAACACAUGCUGGUGCCUCCUAGUGGCUGUCAUUUCCAUUACACAGCAAAAACAAAAGCUAACCUUGAAAGUUGAUUAGGCAGUACAAUCCUAAUUUUAAACUACAGAGCAAAGCACAAUGGUCCUGUGCGAUAAGGACAAGGGUUUGAGUACAUUUGAGGCUCUAGCAUGUUAGCUAUCUGGGCUUUUAAAAAAAUUGUAUAAGUAGUUGAGACUUCUAGAAUUCUCAGCCUUUUUUAUAAAAAAGUAGCUAGCACUGUCUCAAAAGUAGGGCUGCUCGAUUAUGGCAAAAAUCAUA